AUGGCCGGCUCCCGCGCUGGCUGGCUCCGCCGGGCCGCCUCCCCGUGCCACGACCCGGCCGGCCGGCUCCGCCCCAGCCUUCUCCGCCAACCCAGACGGCGGGCUGGGCCGCCUCCGCCUCCUCCACGAGCAGCGCCGGCUCGGCCACUCCGCCGGGCCGCCUCCCCGCGCCACAACCCGGCCGGCCGGCUCCGCCCCCAGCCUUCUCCGCUAACCCAGACGGCGGGCUGGGCCGCCUCCGCCUCCUCCACGAGCAGCGCCGGCUCGGCCACUCCGCCGGGCCGCCUCCCCGCGCCACAACCUGGCCGGCCGGCUCCGCCCCCAGCCUUCUCCGCUAACCCGGACGGCAGGCUGGGCCGCCUCUGCCUCCUCCACGAGCAGCGCCGGCUUGCCCACUCCGCCGGGCCGCCUCCCCGCGCCACCUCCCAGGACCGGCUCCGCCUGCUCCGCCGGGCCGCCUCCUCGCACCGGCUCGGCCGCGCGCACUUGCUCCACCUCGAGCCCGGCCGCGUCCGGCUCCCCGGUGCCGCCCCGCGCCCAGCCGGGUCCGGUGAGCGUCGCGCUCGGCCACCCGCCCCGCGCGCCUCCGCCCACCGGAUCCCGCCCCCGACGUCGCCCGCGUCUGGCCGCCUCCUCGCUCGGCCGGCCGGGUCGCCGCUCCCAGCCGGCGUCCGCCUCCGCACCCGGCCGCCCCCGCGGGCCGGCUCCGCCUGCUCGCCGCCCCGCGCCUCCGGCUCCUCCCCGCAGGCGCGCUCGCGGCCGGCUCUUCACUCCACCCCCGCGCAUGCGUCGGCCGGCUACGUCCGUGCGGUCUCGGGUCGGCUGGGAAAAGUGGGCUGA